CUCCGCCUGGCUGGGAGGAUUCAACGCCGCCGCUGCCAACGAUGCAAUGCCUCGUUUCACGGAUGAUCCCCGGCUAUAGGCACCUCCUGAGUGCCGCGGUCACCUCGAACGGGCUUCACUCUCCUCGUCUUCUAUGAGAUAUUUGUCAUAACUCCCAGGCUACCGUUAAACGGACCCGGCGGAGCCCGGACUCGGGGCUUUAUGUUUACCGAAGUGCGGCUGGAGAGGCAGCUGUGGCCAUGGGUUUCUCUGUCAGCCUUCGGUGAACUUAAGUAAACUGGACCCACGCGAAUCAGCUAAGCCGCCCCUGCCCUCAGCAGGGGCACCCCUCUCCCCGUCCCCCUCCCCAGCUAUGGCAGGCUUCAAGCGGGGGUACGAUGGCAAGAUCGCUGGCCUGUAUGACCUCGACAAGACCCUGGGUCGCGGCCACUUCGCUGUGGUCAAACUGGCACGCCAUGUCUUCACCGGGGAGAAAGUAGCAGUGAAGGUCAUUGACAAGACCAAACUGGACACAGUGGCUACAGGUCACCUUUUCCAGGAGGUCCGCUGCAUGAAGCUGGUCCAGCACCCCAACAUUGUGCGCCUUUAUGAAGUGAUAGACACUCAGACCAAGCUUUACCUCAUCUUGGAGCUCGGUGAUGGAGGGGAUAUGUUCGACUACAUCAUGAAGCACGAGGAGGGUCUGAAUGAAGAGCUGGCUAAGAAAUAUUUUGCCCAGAUUGUCCAUGCUAUAUCCUACUGCCACCGGUUGCAUGUGGUACACAGAGACCUUAAGCCUGAGAAUGUGGUGUUCUUUGAAAAACAAGGGCUGGUCAAGCUCACUGACUUUGGAUUUAGUAACAAGUUUCAGCCUGGGAAAAAGCUGACGACCAGUUGUGGAUCUCUGGCAUACUCUGCACCAGAAAUACUACUGGGUGAUGAGUACGAUGCUCCAGCCGUAGAUAUCUGGAGUCUGGGUGUGAUCCUGUUCAUGCUGGUAUGCGGACAGCCCCCCUUCCAGGAGGCCAACGACAGCGAGACCCUCACCAUGAUCAUGGACUGUAAAUACACUGUACCAGCCCGUGUCUCCAGUACCUGCAAAGAUCUCAUAGACCGAAUGCUUCAGAGGGACCCGAAGCGCCGGGCGUCACUGGAAGAGAUCGAGAGCCACGCUUGGCUGCAGGGGGUCGACCCCUCCCCGGCCACCAAGUACAACACCCCUCUGGUCUCCCACAAGAACCUGUCGGAGGAGGAACACAACAGCAUCAUCCAGCGCAUGGUUCUGGGCGACAUCGCCGACCGCGAGGCCAUAGUCGAAGCCCUGGAGACGAACAAAUACAACCACAUCACAGCCACGUACUACCUACUGGCAGAGCGGAUCCUGAGGGAGAAGCAGGAGAAGGAGGUCCAGACCCGCUCCUCCAGCCCCAGCAACAUCAAGGCCCACUUCAGGCAGUCCUGGCCCACCAGAGUGGACAUGCACCAGGACAUCGAGGACAGCUUGGCGGCGUCCUCCAUCUCCCACGCCGGAGGCCCCCAGUCCCCGGCCCGAAGCGCAGAAAACCUGCUCAACGGACACCGAUCCAAAGGUCUGAUGGAACUGGGACGACGAGAGGAAACGGUGACGGACUCCCCGAUGCCGGCGGCUCAGGGGGCCUGUGCCGGUGCCGCAGCCUCGGGUCCCGCUCCUGCUGGAUCUGGAUCCGGAUCCUCCAGGGCCCCGGCUCCUUCCACCUCCACGGCAGCGAAGCAAAGGACGUGUCUGUUCAGGGUGGAGGAGGAUGAGGAGGAGGAGGAAGAGCAGGACCCGUCUCCCCUUCCGACCCAGGUCAUCCUGCGGAGGAAGCCCCCCUCCAUCACCAACCGACUCACCUCCAGGAAAAGCGCCCCGGUGCUGAACCAGAUCUUCGAGGAGGAGGGCGAGUCCGAUGACGACUUCGACAUGGACGAGGGUCUGCCGCCCAAGCUCAGCCGCUUGAAGAUGAACAUGGCGGGAAACGCCGCUAACGUGGGCUCCGGCGCCGGCUCCCCGGGGUCCACGCAGAAACGUUACCACAGACGCAAGAGCCAAGGGAGGGGCUCGUCGUGUUCGAGCUCAGAGACGAGCGACGACGACUCCGAGAGCCACCGGCGGCGUCUGGACAAAGACUCAGGCUUCGGCUACGGCUGGAACCGACGGGACAGCAGCGAGGGGCCGCCGGGCAGCGAGGGGGGCAACGGGGGCGGCAGCAGCUCAGGGCAGGGGAAACCCCCCGGGGAGGGAGGGGGGUCCUCAGGUCCAGACAGGGGGAGUCCACCUGGAGGGGGGAACGGAAGUGAGGGCGGCAGUGGCGGUGGCGGAGGGGGGAGUGGGGGAGGGGGUAAUAAAGGACAGGACAGCCCCUCCAGCUGCUGUAACAACAGCAGCACCACUAACCCCGCCCCCAACUCUCUAUCACGCUCGUCCCGCCCGGCGACGCGUGGCACCGAGCUGGUGGAGAGUCUGAAGCUGAUGAGCCUCUGCCUCAGCUCGCAGCUCCACCAGCACCGCGGGGGGCGGGCCAGUCGAGGGGGCGGGGCCGGAGGAGGCGGGAAGUACAUCAUAGACCCUCGUGGCCUCUCAGGGGGGAGCGUGAAAAUCCAGGAGAAGUCCGCCUGGAGGAUGUGCAUCGGCUCCACUGGGAGCCUGGACACGAUAACGCUGCCCACCACCGCCCUGCCCCGCACGCACAGCGGCCAGCACCACCGCAGGGUGGGGCCGCACGGCUCGCAGGCGGGGCCGGGCGGCAGGGACGCUCACGGUAACCUGAGCGGCCUGAAAAACGGCGUCCUUCAACUACCUCUGUGUGAGAAGACCAUCUCUGUAAACAUCCAGCGGGGCGGCGGCUCCAGGGACGGCCUGCUCUGUAGCUCCGCCCCCGCCAGCUGCUGCCAGGUCAUCUGAAGCUCCUCCCCCCCAAAAAUAAACUGACCAUAGGUUUGUCCCUUCAUCCACUCAGAUCACUGAUGUGUCACAUGACUCCUGACCUCAGCACCCGCCUCCUGCUGCGUCUGGACGUCCACCCCGGCGUCGUCCUGGUGUCGUUGUCCGUUUCUGUUAAAACCAGGAAACGAAGACGCUUUGGUUUGAGGCGGAAAAACCCACAGGUUUAAUCUGUGAAACAGUUCAGGAAUGAACAGGCUCCAUUUUAGGGUUUGUGUGGAAAUACGACCAGUACUAAGGCCACGUUAAGGACGGACAGACGCUCCCUUUAGUUUAGAUUUGUACAAUGACAUGAAACCGUCAGAGGAACGCACUGUGUCCACAUGUUCAUGUCCAGAAAUAACACAAAACAUGAGGUUUAGAGUCAUGGAGGCGUCGGCAGCAGUCAAACAGGCCCUUCACAAAUAAAUAAGGUGAUAUUUACCGAUAAUAAUCAUUUAUUGACAUUAUUAAUCUGUGACCUCAUUAAGCCUUAACGUGGCUCUAAUACUCGGUUGUAAAUGUGACUGGUCUGAUUUGUAUCAGGAAAGGCAUCAACGAAAAGACAAAAAGAACUGUAUGUAAAAGAAUUAAUUUAUAUUUUUAUACCAAAUUCUUCAAAGAAUUUUUUGAAGAAAUAUUUUCACCUUUAGAUUUAUCGAUGAGAUGAAAACUGCGGAAUUCUUGAGAUAAAAUGUCUCAAAAUGUUUUUUUUGUUUUUAUUUAAAGAAGUAUAAACCUUUAAAAAUCUGUCCGUUCAUAAGACGUCCAACAAACACUGGGAUGGAAUAUCGGUAUUGGAGUUAUUUUUUAAACAAAAGUUCAGUUUUACUUUGGAAAUACAAAUAUGAUUUACAGUGUUUGGACAGUGACAGUGAAUCUGAAAUGAAACGGUCCAGAUGUGACUGAAGUGUCGACUUUCAGCUCGAAUGCAACAAUUUAACUAAAAUAUUAACAAUUUAGGAAUUAAACCUUUUUUUUUUAUCAUAGUCCAUUUUCAGAAGGUCAGAAGUAACUGCAGAAACUGAAUUUAUUCUAAAUAACAGGAAUGUUUUUAAUAUUUAGAGGAAAAUCUAAAUGUACAGACAGAUGCUGUUACUGUUUGUGGGUCUUUUUGCCCAGAGUUUUGCUCUGCAGGGACUGAACAGCUGAUCUGUGGGUUUAGAUCAGAUGAAGAACGGCCAGGGUCAUUUCAGAUUCACGGUGCGGGUUGAAUAAAACCUGCCACUGUCCAAACACUGACGCACCGAAUGUUUCAGAAGUUGAACUGAUGAACAUGGAGCGAUACGGUUGUUGUGCAGAAAAUUCAUGAUCCUUUCCUAAAACUACGCUGUUUAAUACUAAUGAGCACAAAACCCAAACUGAAGAGCCACGCAAUGAUGGAAAAACAGAUUCACCAUCAAUAUAUAACAACUAUUUAUAUAGAUAGAUAAGGUAUUCUACAUUUCUGUAGAGCAAAAAAAAAGCACUAAAUCUGCAUUUUUUCCGUGAUUUUCAUGAAGUAAAAACUAAAACCCAGAACUGGUUUAAUCGGACCUCCUGCCUCCUGAUACAAAUCCUGCUCUGAGUCCGAACCUUAAACUGAUUAUUUAUGAAAAGAUCAAAAAUUAGACACAUUCUGCUUUUACCGUCUCAGAUUUUCCCAUCAUCCUUAGCAGCAGGUGGUCGUUCUGCGCACUCCGCCUCCCCCUCCUGAAUCUCCGCCCACUUCAGUCCAGGUUGUUUUUUUUUUUUUUUUAUUUGCGCGACCUCACGUUCCGAAAGAUUCGACUGCGCGUUGCACUCAGACAAUCCGUUUCACGUUGUUUUUAACGACUUUUUACUGCGAUGAAUUCACCACGCGGGGCCGCCUCGCGCCGUCACAACCCCUUUAAACCCGGACACCGCGGUUUUUAAGCUUUUAAAGGGGAAACGCAGGCCGCUCGCUCCUCCGUUACGUCGUACUGUAGCGCCAAAACGCUCCUCCUCGCAUUUCGGGAAAAAGUUACUGCUGACUGUCGAGUUGAAGACGAGGUUUUACUUUGCUAUUUUCGUUGUGUUUCGACCUCGCCGUCCCGCCCGCCGCCACGCGUCAACCAAAGCUCAGAAACACGUGGCGGUGGCGGCGGCGUAUGUAUAUACAGUAUGAUGAGAAGUUUAUUUUUAAAACGUGUACAUUUGUGUGUUUUUGUUUGGUCGUUGUCGAGUGCUCUGCUGUUCUGAGGCCGAUGUGACGUCUCAUUGGUCGAAAAAACAAACAAACAAACAAAAAAAAAACCACCCGAGAACGCAGCUUUAACCGAGCACGAAUGAAAUUAGAGGAACGGGAAACGAGGAAAUUCUUUUAAGGGCAUUGGCAAUAAGCUAACCAGUGUGUUGCAGCUACGUGUACAGAAACUUUUCAUUGGUUUUAUUUUUUAACUUCCGACCUUGCGCAGCCACAUCGGACUGAGACGAGAAAACGGGGAAAAAAAAAAAAAAAAAAAGCGAUCUCGAAACUAUUUUUUCCUCUCCUCGGUCGUCGUCAUGAGUUUCGUUUCUAAAAACCAAAUGUAAAUAGAGGUGUAAAUACGGUGCUCUUUCUCUUUAGAACAGCAGAGUGAACCUUUUGGUGCAUAGCUGUACAGUAACCUAGCCUUACGAUAAUUAGUCAAACUGUAUGGGUGUCUCCGAUAAAAAGAAAAACCACACCAUUCUAUUCAUAGCGUCAGGUCUGUUCGACUGUCGUCUUACUCAGCUGUAUCCAGGUGAACGACGUGCAUGUGUUUCAAUGUUCGACAUCCAGCGACACUGACGGAAGAAAGAAAAGGAAGGAAGAAAAGACGGAUGGAAGAUCGAGAGAAUGAGUCGGCCACAGGAAAAAAAAAAAAAAAGAGUAAAACGUUACUGGACCAAAAAAUCCACUAAAGAAGAAGAAGGAAAAAAAGUGUGAACUGACAGAAAUAUUCAGUGUAUUAUUCUGUAGUUGAUACUGUUGUCAGACGUUACAUAUAGCUAUGGUAAUAUCCAAAAAUAAAAUGUGGAAUACUGUCUCA